AGAAGGUGGUUCCUUCGUGGCGGUACCGUUGUUGGACCAUUGAGCAGAAUUAGAAUCUUUGUCGACUCAAACCCCUUUCAAGUUAGCCAACUUAUUAGCGGUUCGCAGUGCUGUGUUGGUGUUGAAGGUAGUGCGUUUUUGUCUAAACGUCGUCCGCAAUCUUGGCCUUGUUUUGCGUGCAUCUUAGUGAAACAGAGCGUUCGUAGUGGUCUUUGCGUUACCAUGGGGACACUGGUGGUCUCGAAGAUAAUUGGCAAAAAAAUUGCUAAGCUCCGUUUCAUGCCUGUGAAGGAGCCCAUCGCACAGCGAGAGCACAUACUCGCCGUUGCCUCUUGGGAUGAUGAUGACAGCGUAAUUCAACUAUGGAGUAUAUUACGAGGCGAUGAUCCGGAAGAACAGUGCGAGCCGCAGUUGGUGGCUCAAACAUCGCUUAAAGGAGACGUCGCUGCCAUGGAGUUCAUCGACCCAAACCAGUUGAUUGCGGCAACCUCAUCGAGCGAACUCAUCCUUUUCCAAUGCACCUCAUCGUCAAUUACAGAAACACGCAGAUGGCCACCAACGGGAGAUUGUCCUAUGCCCUACUCCGAUUUGGCUGUUCGGCAAAGUCUCGAAGGUGCUGAAGUUGUUACUGUAGGCGAGGAUGGACUACUUAAGAGGUUCUUGCUCAAGGAACCUAAGGACCACCCGACGCAGACGAUAGAAACCGGUUGCGACUCUCUAACUUGUGUGUCCUAUUUAGGACAAAAAGAAGUGGCCGUAGGUAACCUUGCAGGAAAGCUGAAGAUUUUUGACCUCAGUAAAGGACAAGAGGUCCGAUCAUGUAUGCUUCGACAAGAUGAUCUCGUCGGGAUCACAUGCGUGCUUCAGCAUCCGUCCCAACCACAGCUUCUAUUUUGCGGCACAGAGGCGGGCUCGAUUUGUGUCUGGGACUUACGGAUUGCGGAUCAACCUCAUCCGUCUGCAUUUUAUAACUGUCAUUCUGUACUUAUACCCGAAUUACGUUUCCACGCACUCUCAACUGCUCACCUGAUAAGCGUAUGUUAUGAUGGCAGUGCGCUUUGGUGGAAUGCCAGCCGAUUAAUGAGUCCUUUUGAGUCAGUGGGUCAACUACCAGCUUUGGGUUCGAAUCGACCAGCGGGGGACAUUAAGCGAACUCAGAACGAUACAACCGGCUGGCUCAUGCCGGAUGUAAUGAAGGACCGAAUGGACAUUGAGAGGCUUGUGGCACCAUCGUUGUUCUGCGUGAACUCGGUGGACACUGCUGGAGAUUUGGUCGCAGUCGGAGGAGACUCAGAAAUGUUGCAAAUAUUCUCCAUACCUGUGUAGCCCUGAUAGUAAACUUAACUUGUACGGGGCAAAACUAUGUCCAUUGGAAACACCGCUCACUCCUAAUGCGACAAUAGUAUAUAUAUACUAUAUGAACUGCGCAUGUGCCCAAGAAAAAUUUAUAUAGGAUUAGGUGGGUCCAGUAGCGGAUCUCAGUACCAUCUUCAAACUCGACGAGACAAAAGUGUGAACAGUUUUUGCUUCUGAUAGAAGCGAGUAGCGGAGUGUGUUGUAUGCGUGUUGUAUUUUUGCGGAUCUGACGAUGGCGGUCCCUCACUCAUCAUAAAGAUGACUGAAAGGGAUCACUAUGAUAAGUUGACCAGAUUGGGUAUUCGAAGCAAUCCGUCAUUCACGCUUAACCCUCGCUUUUAUCUCUUUGCGACUUUUUUAGAGCUAAACAUGUGUACGAUUUACAAUGUACUUUGCGUGAAAAGAAAAACAUGUAGAAAAAAGUGGACAAAUGGGGGCGACAAAUACCAGGAAUGUUUUUUAAUUGAGAUGGAACUAAAAAAUAACUAGUGAAAUAUGACAUUUACUAGUGCGUCUAAGAGUAAUGAAUAUACCUAAGCGCUGACACACGAGCAGAAUGAUGAUUUCAACUUGUGGCAGUUGGUCCAGAAUCAGGAUGAUCGAUUAAUGGUGGUCUUGGUAAUGAUCAGUUUUUCGAUGACGUAAUAGAAGACUAAACGAUGAUGCAAGGCAACUCUGCCGGCUCGUACUCAAAGGAAAGGAAGAUGUAACUACUGGAUCGUGCGAAAAAUUAAGAAACAUGUUUAUCUCAAUUUGCUGAACACUGAGUUGUGCCGACGCUAACGAUACCCACGACGACAAAGGUUAUUGGUAAUGACAAAUGCUAUAUUCUAUUAUUAUUAUUAUUAAUUACAAGCGUGCUGAUGGAAAAUAAUAUUGAUGGUAAAAGAUGAUGGUAUAACGAUACACAUUCGGCGGUACAACUGCUGACAAUUAUAUAUACAAAAGUAUGAUGAUAAAUGAUGCGAAUGAUGCUACUCUGCGACAUGAGAAGGGUAAUUAAAUAAUGGUAUAGAUUGGUCAAAACUAGGUAAACGUCCUGCGGUGAACAUAUGGAUGCGUGUAGUGGUUGACAUGAGACAUGGUCACAAUUGGAAAAAUAUGAUGUGCUACAUGGAUGUAUUCAUACGGAA